AAAGACAAUUAUGGAGGUUUUUUAAAAAAACUUCUUAAAAACGGCUUCGCAUGGCUGGCAAAUGAAUUGGCUCUGGCGUGGAUCCAUGAACGAGUACCACGCGAUGGCGCUCGCCCACUCCCUGAUCUAUGGUUUAGCGUUUUUCCAGAGGUGAGGAAAAUUUUUGAAACAAUCUCAAAUUCAUCCGAACUGAUAAUGGUUGUGAUUGUGGCCAAUGCAUUCUUCGUGAUGUUCUGCCAUCAGUAUCGGUGGAUCGUUGUUCGGAGGGUUUUCUUUUGCGCCGCGCUGUGCUACACAUUCCGUGCUUUCUGUAUUACUAUUUUUCAAGUCCCAGUACCAAGUGAGAAGACAUUUUGCGCCCCGAAAAGUGACGGUAGCCUGAAAAUAGUUGUCGACCGGGUUCUGAGGACAUUCUGGUCAGCGGGUAUUGAGCAGAUUCGGUCAAGGUGA